ACGCAGGGACACCGGUGGGGUGAGCGCGAGCGGCAGCGCGUCCCAUCCCCUCUGCCAUGUCCCUGGUGGUGAAGGAGAAGAGCCACGUGCGGUUGGUCUUCUUGGGCGCCGCUGGCGUGGGCAAGACAGCCCUCAUCCGCCGCUUCCUGAUGGACACCUUCGAGCCCAAGCACCGGCGCACGGUGGAGGAGCUGCACAGCAAGGAGUACGAGGUGAGCGGGGCCACGGUCAAGGUGGAAAUCCUGGACACCAGUGGCAGCUACUCCUUCCCAGCCAUGAGGAAGCUCUCGAUCCAGAACAGCGAUGCCUUCGCCCUGGUCUAUGCUGUAGAUGAUGCCGAGUCCUUUGAGAGCAUCAAGAGCCUGCGGGAGGAGAUCCUGGAGGUGAAGGAAGACAAGUUCCCUCCCAUCGUGGUGGUCGGCAACAAGGCGGAGAGUGGCGGCGAGCGGCAGGUGCUGGCGGAGGAUGCCCUGUCACUGGUGGAGCUGGACUGGAACAGCCGCUUCGUGGAGACGUCGGCCAAGGACAACAAGAAUGUUCUGGAGGUCUUCAGGGAGCUGCUGCAGCAAGCCAACCUGCCCAGCAGGCUCAGCCCGGCUCUCUGCAAGAGGAGGGAGACGUUGCCCAAGGAGCAGGCGCUGAGGCCUCCCAUGAACAAGACCAACAGCUGCUCGGUGUGCUGAGCCGGCCGCCCGGGGCCGGGAGGGAGGCGCCGGCAGCGGCAGCACUGGCUGGAAACUCAGCCGGGACCGGUGAGAGCUGGAGAUGACAAGGAGGAGGGACAUGGAAGGGAUGCUGGUUGCUGGAAGGGCGCGGGGAGAGGGUGAGUCACCAAAAAGGCAGGAGGCGUACCUGGGAAACUGCCGUCGGUCAGCCAGCACGUUGCAUCUGUGCCAUGGCGAGCUUGCAGGCAGGCAGGAGGGCAGGCAGGCAGGAGGGCAGGAGGGCAGGAGGGCAGGCAGGCAGGAGGGCAGGAGGGCAGGCGGGCGGGCAGGCGGGCGGUCGGGCAGGAGGGCAGGCGGGCAGG